UAUGCUUAAAACAACAAUUCAAAAUGUGCUGCAUAAACGCCCAAGACUGCAUGCUUACAAAAUUCAAAUGAGACAUAAAAUUAAGGAAACAGAUAAGCCUAAGCACACUGAAUUUGCUGUAAUGAUGCUGAGAGAAAUUGAUGACGAUAAUAGGUAUCUUAACAGAAUUUUAUUUAGUGAUGAAGCAACAUUCCACAUAAAUGGUUGUGUUAACCAACAUAACAGUCGGAUAUGGGGAGGUCAGUAUCUCAAUGAAGUUUUCCAAUACAUCUGUGAUUCGCCCAAGGUUAAUGUGUGGUCUGGACUCCUGCAUGAUCAUGUUGUUAGCCCUUUCAUCUUUGCAGAAAACACGAUUACAAGUGCUAGUUACCUGGACAUGCUAGAAAUGUAUGUGUUCCCUCAAAUUGCAGACAUUGAAAGAGAAAAGUUAUGCUUUGCUGACGAAGCCAUAAAAACCUCUAUAGCAUGUGAGAAACUAUUUCCUGUACUUAGCAAUAUAAUUAAAACAAUUUUAGUCAUUGAUUAAUAUUGUUAAAAUAUCAAAAACAACACAU